CCGACAAGCGGUAUAGCGCGGCGCGGGCAUGACUCCAGGACUGCCAUGGCCAUACUCCUCGCUCUUUUGGGCACCUUCAUAGUCGGCGCCCUCGCCAAUUUUGGCGACCUGAGGCAGCAGCUGACAGCUCAAGAAUGGGUGGCUCUUGUAGGUCGAGAGGAAACAGUGUUGGCCUAUGAUGUGCUGCAGCCGGUGCUGCAACAGUCAGAGAGGAAGCGGCGGUCCUCUGACCCUGCACAGACACUGGUGUUGGAGGCGCCCAAACUUGCCCGCAACUUCACCCUCCAGCUGAGUCCCAGCGCGGACCUGUUGGACCCGAGGUUCGUGCUGCUCAGUCGCCGCGAGGGUCACUCGGAGCCGCUGUCCCUCGACCUCGUGGAACGGGACUGUUACUUCGUCAGUAAAGGGGAGAACCGGGCAGCUAUCAGCGUCUGUGGAGGGGUGAGGGGUCUGAUCAAACCUCCCGGUGACGAGUACUAUGUAAUAAACCCACUGCCAAAGAGAUUCAGCAAGAGAUCGUCAGACCCCCCUCACAUUAUAGUGCGGAAACACCUGAGCCACUUGCACGCCGAUAACACGAGCUCCACGGUGGAUAAUACUUCUGUCUGCGGAGUGCGAGCCGAGGCCGACUCACCGAGCUCAGAUACCUGGAGACUGAGGAGAUCCGUCGGGGGGCCCGUUCAUGUGGAGACCGCCGUCUUCGUCGACAGUGACAUGUUCCACCUCAUGUCUAAUAAUUUCCCAGUGGACACCGAGAGAGAAGUCGUGCGCUUCGUCCUUGCUUUGGUUAAUGCGGUGCAAUUGCUGUACCAUGACCCGUCUCUUGGCCAGCCCGUAACGUUCGUCAUGAAAAGACUAGAAAUCCUGCACAAUGAUCCUGCAGGCUUGGUGCGUUACCACGAUAUCGAUAGGUUCCUGGGGAACUUCUGCGCCUGGCAAAGGGAGGAGAACCCACCGGGUGAUGACGAUCCCCUCCACUGGGACCAUGCACUCAUACUGACCGGUCUGGACCUCUUCGUGCGCAGCAAGAACGGCAAGUUCAGCAGCCAAGUUGUGGGUUUGGCUCCAGUGGCAGGCAUGUGCACUCCAACUAGCAGUUGCACCGUCAAUGAAGGUCGUCACUUCGAGAGUGUUUACGUCGUGGCUCACGAGAUUGGACAUAACCUUGGAAUGAGACAUGAUGGUCCAAUGGCAGACAACAAUUGUGACCCUACAAGCUUCCUCAUGUCUCCCACCCUAGGAAGUGGCAAGAUCACAUGGUCUGAAUGCAGCCGACACUAUCUCCUUCGUUUCCUCCGGAGCCCACAAUCGCACUGUUUGAUGGAUCACGCCGAAGACAGUCAACUGGACCAUACGAGUCAUGGGGUCUUACCUGGCGAACGGUUCAACGCUGACCAGCAGUGUUUACUUAAGUAUGGGACUGGUAGUCGCCACGCCAGUUCCCAGCCUUUGCACGACCUUUGUCGGGAUCUCCACUGCCAUAGAGACCGAUAUACCUGGACGUCCCAUCCCGCUCUAGAAGGCACAGCUUGCGGCGAAAACAAGUGGUGUCGUGGUGGACGAUGUGUGGUGAGAGGGUUAACUUCACAGCCAGCAACAGCGGUGGUUGACGGUGGUUGGGGUCCAUGGGAGUCCUAUUCGGAGUGUGCGUCUGGCUGCCUUCAGGGAGAGGGCGGAGGAGGUGGCAGCACUGGGAUCAUGUUCGCUCAUCGUCAGUGUAAUAGCCCCCGUCCGGAGAAUGGAGGAAAUGGAUGUGUAGGGAGUGACCGAAAAUACCAGACCUGCUUUACCAACCAGUGUGAAAAUGUACCUAAGACUACAGUGAGAGACUUCGCAGACGAAGUAUGUUUACGGGCAAGGGAUGUAGAUUUUGACUUGGUCGGGACUGGUUUACAGAAGAUGAGUUCUGAUGGCGAGGAAGCGUGUACAGUUUGGUGUUAUAAGCGAAACGGCGGCUCCAAGAGCAGAGGGUGGACCUUCCCCGACGGAACUGCCUGUCACACUCACCAGAACCAAAAACAGAAUCAAUACUGCAUAAACGGCAUUUGUCAGGAGUUUACCUGUGAGCAAGGAAGUUACAUGAGACUGUCUGCUGAGCUGUGUCAACGUCUGGUGUCUAGAGGGAAAAGGAGGGAGGUGACAUUGGGUGUGUGGCAGCCUACCACAGAUUGCUAUUACAACUGCGUAUCUCCGGGCAGCGGGGUGCGACUAGUAGAGAGACGAGCCUGCCUUCAGUGCAACUCUUCUGCCAGCAUCCAGCUGUGUAAGCAGGAUAACGCGGUUUGUGGAAUGAUCAAGUCGACUCUGGAAUAUGCCACUAUGAUCUGCACCCAGUACAGCGAACGCGUCCGCCGUCUCUCUGGCAUGGGCAUGCAGCUGUCGCCUGCCUUGGAAGAUCCUGACCGGUCAUGUCGCAUUGCAUGUCAAGACGAGACUGUACUUCAUCGGUUCUACUUGGUCAAUGGAGAGGACGGAUGGUUCCCGUUUGGAACAGACUGUACCAAAGGUGACACCACAAAGAAAGCAUUCUGUAUACGGGGAAAAUGUUUAGAGUUCGGCUCUGACGACACACCGCUACACGAGUCUGAAUACACGCUGCCAGCUGCGGGUCGCAGACAACGACGCAGUUUUGACCACUCUGUGACAGUUACAGUCAAGCUGGAUAACCAGACGCUCGCGGAGAUGGUCCAAUACCUCAACCAAACAGGAAACCAAAGACAAGAACCAGUUACAACCAAUGUUGAAGUAGUCGAUCUAGAAAAUCCAGUGAUUGCAGACUUCUCUGAUUGGUUCAAGCUCAAUGAUGUUGAUUCAAGUUUCACAAUGUCAUAGAGGCUCAGGGCUUUAGUUUUGUAUAUAUUUUUAAUAAUAAAUUUGUUUAAAUAUC